GCUUCAGUGUAAUCCGCACACUGGAGACACAUUCAGAGCAGCAACUAUCCUACAAACAUCUUUUGCUUGUAACUUGCAGUGUUUUGGAACACAUAAACCCCAUUAAACGAGAGAAGAGGAGCUGAGAUUGUUUCAUUUUUUGGAUUUCAAAAACAAGAAAAAUAUUUUACCUGUGACUUCAGAAUAGUCUACCUCAUCAUCAGCAAAUCAAAGGUGCAAAAAGGGAACAAAUCAUGAAGAAGGGAAAGGUGGGUGAUGACAAUGAGCCCCCCAGUUAUCAGGAGGUAACUGCAGGCUAUGGGGAGAUGGAGGCCCAGUUCGCCUGGGACGACAAGUCCAUCAGACGUACCUUCAUCAGGAAGGUCUACGCCAUUCUCAUGGUCCAGCUGUUUGUGACAGUGGCAAUUGUUGCUCUCUUCUCAUUUUGCGCACCUGUGAGGUUUUAUAUCCAGACUCAUCCAGGCUUGUACAUGGCGUCUUAUCUCAUGUUCUUAGGCACCUACAUCGCACUGUCCUGCUGUGGAGAGCUGAGGAGGCAGUUUCCUUGGAAUAUAAUUUUGUUAGUUCUCUUUACUUUGAGCAUGGCCUUCAUGAUGGGAUUUGUGUCAAGCUUUUACAACACCAAAUCAGUGGUUCUGUGUCUGGGAAUCACAUCUCUCGUGUGUCUUUCUGUCACCAUCUUCAGCUUCCAGAGCAAGAUUGACGUCACAUCCUUUCAGGGCGUCCUGUUUUCUAUGUGCAUGGUCAUGCUUCUCUGUGCCAUUACCCUCUCCAUUGUCGUCCCUUUUGGAUACGUUCCCUGGUUACAUGCCCUUUAUGCUGUGGGAGGAGCCAUUCUCUUCACUAUGUUCCUGGCAUUUGACACCCAGAUGCUGUUGGGGAACAAGCGCUACACCAUAAGUCCAGAGGAAUAUAUUUUUGCCACCCUCAGCCUCUACCUGGACAUCAUCUACCUGUUCAGCUUCCUGUUACAGAUCAUGGGAGGAGGCCGCGAGUAAAGCAUUUCUCUGAUACUGUACAUCUGUCUCUCAGCUCAACUCUUAACAAACUCAACAACCAACUUGGAUUUAUUACCCUCAUGAACAGGAUGACAUCAGGUCAAUACAGUUUUUCAUGAAUCACUAUUUUGAAGUUUUUUACCCCUUAUGUAAUCGUCCAUACAAUCCUGCCCUGACAUAGCUUACACCUGGCUGAUAUCUUACUGUAGUCGUUCACUCACUCUGGCCAUCUCUAUGUACUGUGUACUGUAUGUGUUUUUGUAUUGCUCCAGGGUCUACUGUGACCCCACCAUCCAACAGUGUGUGUUUAAACAGUCAAUAUGCUUAUAAGUGGACAACACACCAAAAAUGUAAGUAUGAUCUUUUUAUCCAUCAUUGAGCCAAAAAGGUAGCCUGACAAGGCA